AUGGUGCCACACAGUGGGCAGCCUAGACUAUGGGAGAGGUCCUCAGAAGCCCCCCACAGUGGAGGCAGCUCAUGGAAGUGGCUCCUGAUCACAGCCUCCGUCCUCAGCUGCUGGAUCCAGCCAACGUCUGCUCAAGGCGUCACCAUUGUACCAAACCUGCCCUAUGGGAGAGUAGGGGGCAGCAUCGUGCUGGAGCUCCUGGGGUACACAGACACACCUAUUUGGUAUGUUUGGUACAAAAAGUCAUCAGCAGAGGAUCCCAAGGAGAAUAAGAUCACCCUGUACUACUAUAACAGAAGGAGACAGAUACCAGACAGAAUCCGGCAGAGGGUGCUCCAUAAUGGCUCCCUGCUCAUCCCCGACCUCAUCCUUGAUGAUGCUGGUUACUACUUGGUAAAGAUCCUCAGAAAGGACUAUUUAGAACAGAGUAAAGCAGGAGUCUAUGUGACAGUGACUGAGAAACUGGCCAAACCUGAGAUUGUUGUCAAUAAUAGCAACAUCAUAGAGAAUGAAUCUUUAAUCUUUACAUGUGUCACAGAAAAUAUGGGGGCAAACAUUCGGUGGUUUUUCAAUGACCAGAACCUGUCACUGAAUGAGAGGAUGAACACAUUGGAGAAUAAUCAGAUUCUCAUCAUUAAGGGUCUGAAGAGGGAAGAUGCUGGGUCCUAUCAAUGUGAAGCCUGGAAUCCAGCCAUUGCCAAUAGAAGUGAUGCCUUCACGCUGACUGUGAACUAUGGACCAGAGAAUAUUAGGAUUCCUCAGAGUCCUGAAAGUGGGGAUAUUGAGGUCCAAUUCAAUGACUCCCUGACUUUAGAGUGUCUGGCUCUGUCUUAUCCCCCUGCCCAGUAUGAAUGGCAUGUCAAUGAGAGUUCUAGUCCUGUACAUUCAGGAAGCUCUUAUACCCUCAUGCCUGCAUCUUUGGAACAUUCAGGAAAGUAUACGUGUUGGGCAAGGAACAGGGUGACCAAGUUAUCAGUGUCUAAGGACAUCACCAUCAAGGUGGCUGCAUCUAAGUCUCCAGGAGGAAGUAAUGGUGCCACACUCUCAGGUGGAGCUAUCACCGGCAUUGUGAUUGGAGUUCUAGCUGGAGUGGCUCUUCUUGGGGCUCUCAUCUAUGUCCUCAUCACCAAAAAUACUGGAGGGGGCAAAAAAGACCACCCUCAAGAGAGACAGUCAGCACCAAGACGUGGUAAGUGA